UCUUUCUCAAUCUUCUUUAUCUCCUCUCUCUCUCUCUCUCUCUCUCUUUACCUUUGGGGUAAAUAGAAAACAAAAAGUCUACUGUACCUGUAAACCCACUUUAGAAUGAAUUAGUUGAGUGUAAAGCAGAAUCUAAGCAACAUAACAAUCGAAACAGAAAAAAAACUAAUGUGAUUUAAUUGUGGAAACUUUUUAAUUCUUUUGGUCCAAGACUCGUUCAACUUUCUUGAUAUUUCCUGUUAUUCGUCAUCUUCCUCUUCUUCAUUUUCUUCUUCCUCAUCAUGUUACAUGGGACAUUGAAUUGUGUUUAUCUUUCGAGUCUCAAUCAAACCUCAUCUUCGUCUUCACCUUUACCUUUACCUUCACCUCCAUCAUCGUCUUCUUCAUACACUUCUUCAUAUACUUUAUCAUCUCCAUCGUUUUUAUCUUCAUCUUUUUCACCAUCAAUCAUGUCCAAUUGUCCGAGUCCUUCGUCCCUCUCGACAUCUUCAUCAUCUCCAUAUGAUCCAUUGGAAUCACUUUGGCCCAAACACAUCGACGACGAGGUUUCCAAUCUCGCACUCGAAGCUUGUCAUCAAGAAGUUAAACGAGUCUCAGAGAAUCUCCGAAUAUCACCAGAUCCAUUCACUUGGACUGUCAACGAUGUCAUUUCAUGGUUAUCAUGGCAAAUUGAACAAUUCGGAUUACCAAUGUUUCCACUUAAUUAUUUUCACAUGGAUGGGAUGAGUUUGUGUUCCUUAUCUGAAUCAGAUUUCAAGGAACAAGCUCAAGUUUGUGGUGAUUUACUUUAUGCUCAACUAGAGAUUUGGAAAACACUAAGUGAACAAGAAGCCGGUAAAAGAUCGGACGUUAUGUUUACAAGUGAUUAUUAUGGUUCCGAGGGAAUUCAAAGUGAUGAUGAAUUAAGCCAAGAUGGAGCUUGUGAAGUUUCGUCUCCCAUUUCAAUGUCACCUUCUUCUGUUUCCUCUUCCACCUCCCACUCUCCCAUUUACUCUCCUUUCUCCUCUGCUCCUUCACCUCUCUCAUCUCCAUCUCUAUCUCCUUCUCCCUCUUGUUCUCCAUCCACAUCCAUCUCUUCUUCUUCAUCUUCUUCGUCUUCGUCUUCUCUCCCACCACCAACAUCAAUUGUCUCCGGAAACACUUCACUCCCUCAAUCUUCCAAUCGAAACACAUCCGGUUCUCAUAUUCACCUAUGGCAAUUUCUCAAGGAGCUUCUUGGUCAAUCUCAACAAUUUGGUUCGUGUAUUCGUUGGAUCGAUCGAAGCAAAGGAAUUUUCAAGAUCGAAGAUUCCGUCAAAGUGGCCAAGUUAUGGGGUCGACGCAAGAAUCGACCUGCAAUGAACUACGAUAAACUCUCCAGGUCAAUUCGACAAUAUUACAAAAAGGGAAUAAUGAAGAAAACGGAAAGAAGUCAAAGGCUCGUUUAUCAAUUCUGUCAACCUUAUUGUUUCUAAUUCUCUUUUUUCCCAAUCGACAAUCAACAAUCAACGAGCAAUGACCAACAAUUAACCACAAACAACAAUCAACCCACCUCAAUGUGUAUUAUAAGUAAAUCAGAAUAACGAAAGUGAUUCAUCUUAAUUAGGCUGGAUUCUAAUUAACUAAUCACUUGGUAACUGUUGACACUUUUAGUGUCUUGAUCAUCUUAAUCAUCACCAUCAUCAUCAUCAUCUUAAAAUCAUCAACAAUCGAAGGUAUUAUUCGUAAUUGUUAAAUGAAAAAACCAUUCAAUUAAUCAUAAUUCAUUUCCAUCAUUAGACUAAUCAAAAUAAUCACAAUCAUCAUUACUCUAACCAGAGAAUCAGUUGAUAUUAAUAAUUAUCUUUCUGGUUAAUUGUUAUCUCUCUGGUUACAAUUACAAUCAUUAUCCCCAAGAGAUAUGAUAAAAUUACCAAAACCCAAACUUCCCCCUUUCUUAUCAACUGUUGAUUAAUUAAUCUGAUUAAUCAACACAAUUAAAAAUCCAUCGCCAUCUAUUGUUAGUCUAAUGAAGUAAAAUGAUUCUCAUCUUCAUCUUCAUAAUUUUCAUAAUCAUCCCGAUCACAAUCACAAUCACAAUUUACUAAUCAUUCAGUUAAAUUAUCAAAGAGUUACUUUAAUGAUUUAACUUCACCAAUCGAUCAAUUGAUCAAUUUAAUUUCAUCUAAUUUUUUUUCACUUAAAUUGAAAUCAUGUUACAAUUUAACGAAUAUUUAUCAACAUUUAGCUCAAUUGAAUAAUUUUAAUUCUUAAUCAUUUGUGACUAAUGAUUAAUCAAGAAAAGUUUCUUAUUCUUAAAGUACCUCAAUAGUAAUGAUAUUAACAAUUAACAAUCAAACUAUUGGAUUAACACGCAAUCUAAUAUUUGCUAUUUGAUUAUUAGAAUCAAAUGAAGAUCAUGUAUCGUGAUUUUCAUUCGAGUUAAUUUAUCAAGUUAAUUGUUACCAUUACAAUUAAACAAACCAUGAGAUUAAUUUAGUUUUACCCAACUUUUAUAUUCAAAGACUAAACUUUUCUUGAAGUAAAUUAAAUUUACAAUUACAAUUAAGAAUUAAAAUUGAGCUGAAUGAGAUGAACACAUUCCCAUAUAUCAAUGAUAUAUCCACUUAAAUGUAUGUUCUGUGAACAUUAAACAUUCAUUGAAUAGAAAAGUUAAUCAACUAUUUCUUAACUGUUGAUUACUGAUAGAAUUAGUUUUCGUGUUUACAUGUAAAUAAGAUCGACGAGAGAAACUCGCCUUUAAGCCCAUGUCGAUAUUUUGUUGGAGGCUCUGCUCUCAUUCACCAUCUUUUACAAUGUACUUGUAGUUUGUGAGCAUAGAGAUUCAGCAAACUCAACUAAAAGGGCUUGAAGCGAGUGCACUCACUUACAAGCACCGUUCUUAUUUGCACGUAAACAUGGUAAUUGUAUUAACUAAUCGACUUUUCAUUCAAUCCAAGGGAUACGAACUUUCUUAUCUCAACUAAUCCAUCGUAUCCUUAAUCUCCUUUGAUUUCACUCGAUUUCGUUUCCUUUUCCUUUCAUCUUUCCUUUAAUCGCUUAAUCUCUGCACUUAUUGACCCUUCUAAUACUUGUUAUUAUCUAAAUUCAGUUAAUUAGUUACAAUCAAAUAGAUAAUUUAAUCCAAUAGCUAAUCACUGCCUUCUAUCCCUAAAUCAAUGUUUCCUUCAUAUUAUCAAAUUAAUUGUUUCAAAAUGAUCAACAAUUUAUUUCUCUGGGUCCAAUGGCAAUCACUUUAUUAUUAAAUUCAUUUCAAUUUAUCAUCACAAUUUCAAUCAAUUGAUCACAAAUUAAAAACCACAAACUCUUAUUUCUGGGAUUAUCAAAGUGGUAAAAACUUUAUAAUCAAUAAUCAACAAUCAACAAUCAUAAUCAUAACCAUCGCCAUCAUCUAAUAUCAUGUAAUCAUAUCCAUCAAUGUAUCAUUUUUAUUGAUCAAUUUUAAAUUGUAAAAUAUCAAACUCAUGCGAUCUAAUUAACUACUAACAAGUUACCAAUCUCUUAUUAGUAAUUAAUAACCACAAUUAUAUUCAUAAUCAACUGUUCAGGGAAAAUGUAAAACAAUUUAAAACGUUAGAUACUUUGUCAGUUAAUAAUGAUAAUCAUCAUCAUCAUCAUCAUCAUCAUCAACAACAACAAUUAACAAUUGAAAGAAAAUUGUUAUUAAUCUGAAAAUGUUAACUAACGUAAUCAAAGUUAAUUAAUUUCGCUGUAUUUGAUAUUUACUAUUGAAAGUAUUGCAUCACAACAAAUCACCAAUAAUCAAUCAACUAAUUAAUCAACAACAAUACAUCACAUGAAUGACCAAUCGAUUGAUAAAUUGAUCAAUUUAUCAUUAACCAUUAAUCAUCAAUCAUUAUUGUUUAAUUUUCUAACAAAUAAAAACUUCAAUUAAAAGCUCAAUCAUCAUAAUAAUUUCAAUGUAAUAAUAACAAUCAUUUAAUUGAGUUGAAAAAUUAAAAUGGGAUAAAUCAUCAUAAUCACAAUCAAAUUAAACAUCCAAACAAUUUA